AUGCCCAAAACAACUAGCACCAGUACAAACCGCCCUGCCCUCCGCAGAAACCAGGCGUGUCGCUCGUGUCGCAAGAGGAAACUCAAAUGCGACGCAGCUCGUCCUCAUUGUGGGACAUGUGUAAAACAAUGGCAAGCUUUAAUCAGCGUCCCAGCGCCCAUUGGCUAUGCCCAUCCUACGGAGCCGCAAUGUUCGUACGACCCAGUUGAGGGUUUGCCUUUGGCUCCCGAUACGGAUCCGCUCGAGAAGAUUAAACAACUGGAGGAUCAGAUUUCGCAACUUAAAAGCAAGCUUUACGAACAGGGCGCGUCCCGCUCAAUGUCACCCCAUCACAAUUCCUCGUCAACUCACGCACCUGUUGGAUCUACCUCUAUCAGCCGACUAGACCGGGGGGGGAUAAGUUUGCCUCAAGCACCGCUCUCUAUGAUGAACCUCAUCGCGCCCGAGAACUCUGAUGCAACAAGAUUUCGCAGUCCGAGCGGUAGUCCUCAGCUGCCUAAUGCCAACAACGACGCGAGCUCUGAUCCAUUCAUGGACCUUCUCUUCUCUGGCUGGAACCCCGACCUUCCCGACCCUGCUACCCUCAAUCAUUAUAUCGACGUGUUCUUUAGGUGUGAUCCUUGUGGAUCAAGAGUGCUACAUCGACCAUCAUUUCUCGCAACGAUGCAUCUAUCUCCGAAAGACCCCGGAUUUCCGCACUGUGCGAUUCUUCACGCUAUAUGCGCUGCUGCAUCUCGCUGGUCGCCUCAUAACGUAAUUACCCUUCCAGACGGAACGCGGAGAGACCAGUUCGCAGAGUUUCACGCCAGUAAAACCAGACAAUACAUCGACAAAACGAUGGCUAGCGGAGAGGAUAUAUUCUCCGUCAUGCAAGCUUGUAUCCUUUUAUCCUGGUACUUCUACCAGGAAGGUCGAUGGGUUGAGGUCUGGAUCUUUGCUAGCUUUCAAACACGAGUCGCCAUCCCCCUUCGGUUAAAUUACCCUGGAACAUUUUCCACACAUGGCAACAACUCCCCCGGAGCGUAUUUGGCCCCACCGAAAGACUUACGUGAUUUGGAGUCAAGGAGACGAACAUGGUGGAUGACAAUCGUUUUUGACCGCAUUGCCUCCGUUGGUGGAUGGAUACAUGCGGUGGACGAACGCGAUCUCGGAACUGAGUUGCCUUUGAGGACAGAAGAUUUCGAAUCGGAGGCCCCAAUCCCCAGCAAUCCACAAGAUCUCGCUUCUGCAGAUGUGUUUACUCGACACCCGCCUCAAUAUACAGAUUCUUUUUUGCUUUUGAUCAAAGCGGUCAUGUUAUUUGGGAAGGUAACCGAUUUUAAUGUCAGGGGGAACCUGCGGGCACCGACAGCACCAAGUAAAAACCAAAAUCCCUUCUACUUGGACGGCUUCACGGAAUUGGACAAACUUGUUUGUUCCGACUUCCUGGAAAAGCUCCCUCAAAUUUUUAAGAACAACACCGGCGUCACCGACUUGCCCGAAGGCAGCUGCUUAGACACGGAUUUGUACAUGGUUCACGUCAUUCCCCACGCCGCAACGAUAACAUUGCAUAACCCAUAUGUUGAUUUUACCGAUCCUCGGAACUUAUCCACCGCCCGCUGCGUAAACUCAGCCAGGUGCAUUUUAGGCGCGUAUUACGUCCUAUCAGCUACUUCUCUAGAUAUUACGAGGCUGCAUCCCUUUGUCACGAUCUGUUGGUAUCUGGCAGCUGUCGUUCAGGUUCAACUUUGCAAAUACUUUAUCGAAACCAAUGAUUCUGAGCGCGAAUCGACGGUAUGGGGUGAAAUCAAUGUUCUACGUUUCGCGAUGAUGGAAUAUGGCCAACGUUCGCCAAUUGGGACGCGACAAGAACGCCUCCUCCAGGGCCUAAUGCGAGAAAUUGUCCGUAUGACGGCGCAGAAGCAACCUUUGGAGGUUGGCGUUCCCCUUUUCCCCUUUUCUCAUUCCACGUUGUUCAGGAAGGACGAGAGCCGUCAUCCAAUGGGUGAUGAUAACGUGCAGUCGGCGCCGUUGCCCGAUGGUUCUCCUUUCGAAGAGCCAGCUGUAUUGGCAAAUGGCUCAAGACAGCAUACAAUCUCACCCAAUGGCCGGUCCCACUGGCCGAUGCGGGAAGCAUCUGGGUCCCCCAGCCACCUUGACACCGCCAUACUGUCAAGCAGCUCAACUUUCAUGGGCUCAUAA